AUGAGUGAGAAUUACAGUAAAGACAUUACCUUUGCAGAUGCUGGCGACCGAGUCAAUUUCACUGAAAUCCCGGUUUUGGAUUACUCUCUGGCAAAUGGGACUCCAGUGCAACAACAAGAAUUCCUCAAACAAUUGAAGUUCAUAGUCCACAAUGUCGGAUUCAUGUAUUUAAAAAACCAUCCUAUACCUACUCCAUUGGUGGACAAGGUCAAGAACUACUGCGAAAAUGUCUUCAACUUGCCCAUGGAAAAGAAACUCGAAAUUGAGAUGGCAAAUUCUCCUACAUUCUUGGGGUACAAUCGAUUAGGCUAUGAAGUCACCAAGGGCAUCCAAGAUAUGAGGGAACAGUUUGACUUUGCACCUGACAUACCAACCCUUUGGAAGGAGAAUGCGGGAAUGCCUGACUGGCGAAAGCUUCGAGGUCCGGGACAGUGGCCUUCAGAGAAUUACGUACCAGGAUUCAAGGCCAAUGUGUCGGAAUAUAUGAAUCGUAUGUCAAAACUAAGUCUGGAAUUCACUGAUCUUGUUGGACAAUCUCUCGGAUUCGGCAAGGGAUUCUUGGACUGGCACUUUGAAGAGGAAGUCCGUGAAGGUGGCAGAAUCAAGAUGAUCCGCUACCCUCCCACCAAGUCGUCAAGUGACGAACAAGGGGUCGGUCCCCACAAAGACGGCUGGUUAACAUUCUUAUUACAAGUGAAUGAUGUCGAUGGCCUGGAAGUGCAAAAUCACAGUGGUGAUUGGAUUGCCGUACCGCCAGUGGAUGGUACUUUUGUUGUCAACUUUGGUGUUGGGCUGGAGAGGGUGACACAUGGCGCUAUCAUCGCUACGACACAUCGCGUUGUCAACAGGGCUGGUGCGAAAAAGGACCGAUUUAGUCUACCAUUCUUCCAAUCGACAGCUCAGACUUCAACAUGGGAUCCUUUACCUAUUGAGAAGCUGCCACAGGAAUUGCGAGAAGCAAUUUCAAGUCGUCAAGUUGUUUCUGAUGCUUCUGCUACUCAGUUCCCUACAAAUCUUGUCGGUGAAACUAUGCUCAUGAACCGCAUACGUUGCCAUCCCGAUGUUGGGAUGAGACAUUACCCCCAUCUGCUAGAUGGCUUACUGGAUCCAGCUCAUCCGGCAGUCAAGGAACGAGCCGAAGAAUUCAAAGACAAGCUUGAUCUGCCACGUGCAUCAUUAUAA